AUGUACUGUAAGCAACUUCAACUACAUUUGUCUCAUAUCAUCGAUGAAAAUACGGUUACCCUUGCUAUCAAGGCCUGUCAAGGGGACCCCAAACCCGAUGCCCAAUUCACGGGUUUGCAGUUUCUUCUGAGUUUUGCUUCGUAUACUAUGGUUUCAAAUUCUUUGAUGAGGUUGUACACCAAAGCUGGACAGUUUGAUGGUCCCUUACUUAUCUUUGAGACUAUGUGCUAUACUGAUAUAGUUUCUUGGAAUACUAUUCUUUCGGGGUUUCGAACAAGUGAAGGUGCAUUGAAUUUUGCUCUUAGGAUGAAUUUUAAUGGAGUUGUUUUUUAUCCAGUGACUUAUACUACGAUUCUUGCUUUUUGUGCGGAUCAUGAAGAUUUUCUAUUUGGAUUACAACUGCAUUCUCUCAUAUUUGAGUCUGGUUUAGAUGGUGAAGUUUUUGUUGGAAAUGCACUUAUAAGUAUGUAUUCGAGGUUGAGGCGGUUAAUAAAAGCUAGGAGUGUGUUUGAUGAAAUGGCGAAUGAGGAUCUGGUUUCAUGGAAUGCAAAACUAUCAGGUUACUCUCAAGAGGGAAAUCAUGGGCUUGAGGCGAUUUUUGUCUUUAUUGAGAUGGUGGGAGAAGGGAUGGGGUUAGAUCAUGUCUCAUUUACUGGUGCAGUUUCAGCUUGCGGACAUGAAAUGAAUUUAGAACUUGGGAAACAGAUACAUGGCUUGGCAAUUAAAUCAGGAUAUGGAAGUCAUGUUUCAGUUUGUAAUGUAUUGAUCUCGACAUAUUCAAAGUGUGAGGUUACUGAAGAUGCAAAAUUAGUCUUUCAGUGCAUGAAUGAUCGCAACGUAGUGUCUUGUUGGACAACUAUGAUUUCAGUAGACGAAGAAGAUGUCUUCUCUCUAUUUAAUGAGAUGAGAUUGGAUGGAGUAUAUCCAAAUGAUGUUACAUUUGUUGGACUAAUCCAUGCUAUAUCAGUUAGGAAGUUGGUGGAGGAAGGCGAAAUGAUUUAUGGGUUUUUCAUAAAGACUGGCUUUUUAUCAAAUCAUAAUGUUUGCAACAGCUUGAUCACCAUCUAUGCUAAGCUUGAGUCCAUGCAUGACUCAAAGUUUUUGAGGGGCUAA